AUGCGACCAACCCGCCAAAAGAUAUCCGAUCAUGAACCCGACGGACUUCCCUCCUUCAUGGCUUUUCUCGCGCGGGGGUAUCACGUUAAACACCUUUCCUUGAGGCCAUUUAUGGACCGCCUCGCCCACGUCCCCGGCCGCGUCCUCCACGACCACCGCCCCGGCCGCGAUCGCGCCCACCGUCUCGUCCGCCACGACGGUCCCGUGGUUGGUUUUGUUGCUGCUCCUUGA